CUGUAGACGAGGAUGUAGAGCGUCUGGAUACGCGAAGUUCAGCAGAAAGCAGCGGCCUGGAUGAGCCGCGUACUGAACACAGGGCUGGUUGUUUAUAUAAAAUGACCCCGAUUUUCCCGUCUGGUUUCACGUCUACGCAUUCCAGAUUAUUCUACAGAACCCCGGCCUGUCUAGUUCGCUUUUGGUAACGGCGCAGUUCUCACAGAAACGAGGAGAAACUUUUUUUUUUUUUUAUCGUCAUGUCAAAAUUCAGCUUCAGCUUCAGAAGAAGCGAGCGGAAGGCAUUUGUCUGCUCUGGCAGCAGCCAUAUUAUCAUCCUCAUUGACGGGACGUACGGUGGCCAUCCCUCCACCUCGCCACAGAUCCUACUCUGAGAGUGACUGUUCACAUACAGACAGCCAGACUGGGUUUGAGCCUUAUGCCAGCACUGCCCUCUACACCAGAGAUCAAUGGCCAGACUCUAUGGCAGGCCGACCUCGGCUGCCCUCUCCACAACCUGAUGAUGAUGAUGAUGAUGAUGAUGAUGAUGAUGAGGAAGAGGAAAUAGAAGACACAGAGAGAGAUGAAAGCCAUGUGUACCAGUCAGUUGAGAUACAGAGCAGAGACCUGGAUAUUGAUGCCGUUUAUGCCACGCCUCUAAAACAGGACUUUUCUUGCUCACAGGUGGACGAUGAUGCUGACAACUCUGCGUUUGAUACUGUGUCUCCUUUGAACACUGAAGAGGAAACAGAGUUGGAGGAAGGAACAGCCAAAAAGCAACCUCCAUCACCACUGCAGGCAAGGCCCCCAUCUUGCAGAAGCAUAGCAUCUCCAGAUCUGAAUGAAGACCUGAGCGCUCAAUCACCAAAGUCUCUGACAACCAGCACGCCCAAACGGAAGACCUCGAUGAUGAAGAAGAGUCCUUCGAGAGGCAGAGAGCAAGACAGCAGAACAGAGGUGAACGAGGCAUACCGCAGUGCUGUGGAGCUUCAGCAGAAGCUGGUGCAAGAGCUGAGGGAGCACAAUCAGGCUCUGUGUGCAGGGAAUGAGGCACUAGAAAGGAGGUGCUCAGAGAAAAGCCAGCAAAUCCUGCAGCUUCAACAGCAGCUCAUGCACUCCCCUAGAGAGAGGAGCCACUCUACAGGUGAAAGCUCUGAGCUGCUGAGCCUGAGGCAGCAAGCGCAGGAGCUGGUGGAUGAAAAUGAUGGGUUAAAGAUGACGGUACAUCGGCUCAACGUGGAGCUCAGCAGAUACCAGGCCCGUUUCAAACCACUCACUAAGGAGGAGUGUUCUCAGAGUGGUGGCCUACCAGUGAAACGACCAUCUCCUCCAUGGCUGCUGGAUAUGAAAUAUUUAUCACCACUAUUACUAGCUUAUGAGGACCAGCUGAUGGAGAGAGACAAACUCCUCAAGUCCUGUGAGGAAGAAGUGAAGAGGUUGAGAGUACGCUCAGAAGAGGUGAUUCAGGAGAAUGAGAAACUUCAUGCAGAACUCGGCAAGCGAAGCAGUGUCAGUAAUAAAGAGUGGAGGCAACUACAAGAUCAGGCACGGCUGGUGCUGGAGGAGAAUCAGGUGUUGAUAGAACAGCUGGAGCUGCAGCACACUAAAGCCAAGGAGACACAUACUAAACACACACAGGAAGUGUGUAAGGUGUCAAAACAGGUGAUGUUGUUGGAGGCAGAGAAGCAUGCUCUGGAGGCUGAGUUGGAGACAGUACGCAAAGAGCUCCAGACCCUGAAGGUGGAGUUCCAGAAGACCUGUACCACUCUGCAGAACUCAGUCAGCUGGGGGGAACACAACUCUACCACAGACAAACUCAAACGACAGAUGGAGGAAGAAGAGAGGAUUAAAAGCGCCGAAAUAAAGGAGCUGCAGGCUUGUGUGAAUGCCCUGCAGGCUGAGAAGAGGACGCUACUGGUCGAGAAAACUAACCUCAGUACAGACGUCAAACACCUGGAGAACGAGCUACAGCUAGCACACCAAGCUAAUAGAAAGGCUCAGAGGCGUAUAGAUCUACUGAAGCAGCAGGUUGAAGACUCUUUAGAAAAGGAGCUGGUGGCUCAUCAGUACCUCACCAGUGUCGUCACACUUGCAGAGAAAACCACAUAUGAGCGGGAUCAGCUCAUGCACAUGGCCUCAUGUUUAGAGAAAGACAAGCAGGGUGUGCUCACCCGCAUCAUCGAGGGCACUGUCCGCCUCGGAAAACUGCAGGAAAAGGUCAAGGUGUUCAAGCAGCAGGCGCGAGCGGGUGUGUGUGCGCUGGGCCGGCGCUUGCAGGAGCAGGAGCAGGACUUUGCAGGCAAAGCAGCGACUUUCCAGCGGGAGAUCCAGCACCUGCAGGCUCAGCUCCGAGAACGGCAAGAACAACUCCACGGAGCGCUGCAGCAGAAGAGAGCAGUAGAGAAUGAGCUGGAAGUGGUGUGGGAGGCAGCUGCUAGAGAGAAUCAGCACCUGCAGAGCAUGGUGAUGGGGGUCAGCAGGGCAGACGGAUCUUUGAGUCCAGUCACUGUACCUGCUGUUCUAGGAUGCUCAGGCCUCUCCCAGGCUUGGACACUGCGUCCGCUGGACAGUCUGGACCAAUCUGAAAGGCCGUCCAGCACAGUGCCUCCUCCCUUUACCUCCAGGCACAACGGCCUCCCCCCUUCUGUCCAGCACAGCCCAGGGUAUAAGUCUGACAACCCCUCAUCUGAUGAGAGCCAAAAGAAUGGACUGGACUUCUACUCCUGAUGUGGUACACUAGUGAGAGUGCUUUAGUCAGCAGCAGUGUUUUAAAUAGGCAGAAAGUAAACUCUGUACAAGGCCAAAGACAUAGCAGAUAUGAAGAUACUGUCUUUUAUGGUAGCCAUGAUGGAUUCUGUUUCAUCCUCCAUAUUCUUUAUCUCUGUAUUUUGCUCCCUGAGGCCAUAGUGAGCUCUCCAAGUCUGCUUUAAAGAAAUGGCUCUAAUACAUUCACAGUAACAUAAAA